AUGUCUCCAUCUGCUUACUACUAUCACGAAGCAACUCUUCCUCCUCCUUCGCCUCAGCAACUCUUGAACUCCAUUUAUCCCAACCCCCCAUCACUUCCUGUAACUCCUGAUCAACUCUGUAAUCAGAAACCUUCAUCUUACUACUCUCCCUUGCCAUUCUCUCGACCAACACCACCACCUCCACAUCAUCAUCAUCAACAACAACCACUUCCUGUUUCUGGUAAAACACAAGAGUAUUCCUGGCUGAUGCAACAGAUAAGUACUAAUAAGAAGACAACUAAAACUAUUAGUACUACUGUUAUGAUGAGAAUAUUAAUAUUAUUAUCACUGAUGAUGUUUUGUUUACCAAAACACAGCAGGGAGAUGCUCAUGGAAAUAGUGGACAAACACUGUAUAGAAGAGAACAAGAAAGCAAUGUCCAAUCAUCACCAGGAUGAUAUUCUUUCUGAAUAUGACUUCCUCUACUUGCCUAUAGAUUUCAUGAAUACUCGCAACUUAGGUUACGCUUUUGUCAACUUCACAACUUGUAUUGCUGCCAUGAGAUUUUACAAAUCUUUUGACAACUUAAGCUGGAUGGAAAAAUGUUCAUUGACUCACCUAAGAUCUGCAAGAUUAGUCCCGCAAGAAUUCAGGGCAAGGAUGCACAUGUAGGCCACUUUAAAAACUUUGAAUUCAAGUGUGAUACAGACGAGUUCUUGCCAAUAUCGUUUUCUCCACCUAGGAAUGGUUCUACUUCUACUUCUACUUCACUUACUCUCCCUUCAAUCGUUGGUAAGAAGAGCAAGAUGGGGAUGCAAAUAUAUAGGAGGAUCAAACUCAAUCUUUGAUCAUAACAAGGAUCAAUCACUUCUACAUCUAAUCUAUCAUCAGUCAUUCUCUCUAGCAACUAGCAAGGAUCAAACUCUUUCCAUUUAUGUUGUCUUUGUUGUUUUCUAGCAAUGUUACUUUUGAUGAAACCCAUCUGUGUUUGGAAGUUAAUCAGUAGCUAGAAGCUAGUACUAAAAGACAACUCUUUUGACCAAAAUUAUGAUCAUCAAAAAACAUGGUAAGAAAAACAGUGGCUUUAUCCCAACACAAGUCAUGUUGCAUCUAAAUUGUCUAGAUAAGAUUUUGGCUGUUUUUGAAAACAAAAUUUUAAAUUGGUCCAAAAGGUUUUUUGUUUUGUUUUGUUUUUCAAAACUUUCUUGUUACAUGCAAGUUAACAACGUUCAGAAAAACAGUGCAGCUAGCUGCAGGUAUAGCUAUGUUUACAACUUUUUUGGUACGAUAUUUGCAGCUUCACUAGUUUUUUAUCAUUCAGGUCAGGGUUCAUAUAUCGAAAAUAUGAUACUCUUUUUUUAAGUUGGUGAUGGUUACUACUUUCUACACAGAUUUUGUGUUGUUUUAGCAUAGAGAGAUAGAGUGACUGCUUCAAGUGGUGUAGAGACUGUAGAGUCAAGUUUUAUUUCUUGGGUAUGUAAUAAUUAAUACUGAACUAGCCUUUUGUUUAACUGACA